AAUAAUUUAAAAUUGUUAAAUAUACAUUUUAUAGUGACGUUUAUCUAAUGGAUACGUAUUCUCGAAAAGGAAGUAUAAUUAAAUAUAUUCCUAUCACGUUCUACGCAACGCAGACAUGCCCGUCAGGCGAACUCCAAAGGUUGAAGCCCUGGUUGUAAACGCUAUACGUAGGUUGCAAGAUGUACAAGGUUCGACAUCGCGGGAAAUUAGUAACUAUAUUUCCCAGGAGUACAAUGUUCCUAGUGAGGAGAUCAAGCGGCAGGUCCAAUUUGCUUUACGACGCGGAUUAUCUUAUAGGAUUCUUAAGCGUUCAAAGGGAGGAUACUAUUCGUGCGAUCACGACUACCUCAGACAGCUCUCGUUAGGGAAUGGCACGGGUGACGGAGUGAUGGAACCUUGUCCAGCACAACCAUGGCGAUUCGGCGUGAGAAAAAGGAAAAGAGAGAAGGCGAGGAGAAGGAGAUAUUACAGGGAAAGGAAGGAGAGGGAGAGGAGAGAGAUGGAGAGGAAAAAGAGGGAGAGGAGAAGGAGAAGCAGAACUAGGCGAAGAAGAGGAAGAAGUCGCCGCCGCAGACCACGCAGAUCACGCGCCAGAUCGAGGAGGGGCAGACGUACCUCUCGCAGACGUCGAAGGAGGAGAACACGAAGCAGAAGUAGAAGAGGAGUAAGAGCUAGAACACGCGCUAAUCCUAGCGAGAUGCAAAUGGAGGCGACGUCUCCGGAGUCUCCAAGAAACGACACCGACAGAAAAGAGGAUCCUCACAAAAGCGAAUCUUCUGCAUCCGUGCAUUCAAUCGAACAACACUCACAAAACUCUUUUCAAAAUUCUCAGACGUUAAACACGUCCGAUAUUUAG